AUGCCUCCCAAAAAAGCACCUUCGGUUGAAGUGUCUUCCCCUCAAAACCCGGUUUCGUCACCCCCACCCGAAGCCCCAAAGAAAGGAGCAAAAACUGAGGAAAAGCCCCGGUCUGAUUCCGAGGAGCCGCGCAAAGCGCCGUCGGUACGGAAAAUGUCUGCUCAUCCGUCUACAAUGGAGAUGGUGAAAGAAGCGCUGAAAGACCUCGAUUCUAGGAAGGGCUCGUCAGCGCAAGCGAUUCGUGGGUACAUUCUGGAGAAGUAUCCGUCGGUUGAUGCAGUCCGACUUAAGUAUAUGCUACGAAAGGCGCUAGCUAAAGGUCUAGAAGGUGGAGCUCUGGUAAGACCUGCUAAUUCCACUGGAAAUGGCGCGCAGGGGAGGUUCCGGCUUGCUGCACGAAGCAAACCAAAAGGGACCAAAGAGAAGGGGACAGAGAAUUCUGAUCCAAAUGUGGAGAAUCCACGCACAAAAAAGACUAAAGUCAAGGAAGCAGGGUCCCAGAAGUCAAAAUCCACUGGGAAAAAGCAGAAAGCAGAGGACUCUAAGCCCAAGGCUUCCCAGGAGGGCCCCCCCUCAAAAGUGGCUCCUGCCAAAAGGCCCAAGAAGCCUGCUGGGAAUGGGGGGGGUAAGCCUAUUGUGGGAGAGGCUGGGUCAGGGGCCAAGGCACGUAAAACCAAAGCCCCAGUCAGGCAACAGUCCGGUGAGGAGAGUGGAGCUGCUAAGAACUCUGGAAAACGAGGAAAGAAGACUGCUGAAUGA